AUGGCUUUCAAGUUUCCCACUGUCUUCCUCGGCGAACGUUCAGACGGCAGCAACCAUUACCCCAAGGGUGGACAGAUGCCACCCCCUAACGGUCCACCAAAAGGCGGUCCCGCCUACAUCUGGACUCAUGACGCUGCCAGUUUCGAGGAAGAACUUGCAAAACUGAUCAAAAACGACAACAAUCUCCCCCCCGGCUCUCAGUAUGAGCUCAAACAGCUUCCUACUGGCUAUAACUACUGGUGGAGGAAAAAGAAUAACAAACAAAGAGAUAUUCACAUUUGGGGCCACCCCGAUGGCCUCGACUUUCUGUCCUUCAAAUCGUUCUAUGAGCAUUUCAAAAGCUUCAACAGACUGACUCUCAACACACGGUGCAUCUGCCGCAUCUGCAUGAGGGACUCCGAGCUCGACGCUGGGGUGUGGGCCGAACACCUGUUCCAGACGAUGGUGCCUCAUCUCCAUCGCACCAGCACAAAGUUGGCCACAGACUGGCAGGUGGCAGAUCUGUGCAUUGCCAUGACCAGUGUCAAGUACCUUAUCGUGAGGAAUCAGGUGGACGAAAUCUUCAAACUGAACUUAACGAAACCCAAGCGCAUGGCUCGCAUGCGGGAGAUCAUCGACAUGGCCAAUGGCCCCAACUUCGCGGCAGCCAUUGCUAAGACUGACGGUAAAUACCGCGUAGACAUUGCGAAAGAUCCGAAAGGAUUUGCUGAGAAGUUUGACGCCUUUCUGGACAGGCUCGAGGAGCAGAAGUUGCGACUUGAGGAAGGCGAGCCAUCUGACGACUUUGAAGUAGGUGGAGAGGAGAAGAAGGUUGUUGAGACUGAGGAUGGCUCUGAGCAGGAGCCUCGUAAUGAUGAUGAUGAUGAUGAGACGGAGGAGAAGUGA